CUUGACAUGGAGAAAGCUUACGAUAGAAUCGAGUGGUUGUAUUUAUUUGCCAUUCUUCGGAAAUCGGGCUUUUUUCUGCUUGGAUUCAUUGGUUUCGGGAAUGUGUUACUAUGGCUACUUUCUCCGUCUUGGUGAAUGGACAACCUUCUGGUUCUUUCCCUUUUUCCUGUGGUUUGCGUCAAGUUGAUCCCUUAUCUCCAUUGUUGUUUGCUUUGUGUUCUUAAGGUUUCAUUGCCAUGAUUAAAAUGGCUAUUUCUCGACAUGAGCUGCAUGGGGUUCAUAUAAAUUCUCGGUGUCCCCCAGUUUCCCAUCUUCUAUUUGCAUAUGAUUCUUUUCUUUUCCUCCAAGCCUCCCGAAGGGAUGCUACCUUCCUUCUUCAGGUUCUACGUGACUAUGAAAGCAUAAGUGGUCAGCGAGUUAAUCUCCAAAAACCUACUGUCUACUACAGUCCUAACAUGUUGCAACCGGAACAAGAGGAGUUGGGAUCAUUUGUUGGUGUUGGCUCCAUUGGGCUACAAGAUCGUUACUUGGGUCUUCCUUCAUUGUUAGGGAGAUCAAAGAUGGAGACAUUCUGUUUCAUUGAGGAGAAAUUGAUGGAAGUUCUGCAAGGCUGGAAACAACGUGCUCUAUCUAUUCUAUUGCGGCAAAGGAAGUUCUCCUCAAAUCUGUGGCGGCCGCGCUACACAUUUACAUAAUGUCUUGUUUUUUAUUUCCAUCGUAAUUAAUUAGGCAUCUUAAUGCGCACAUGGCUCAUUUCUGGUGGGGGGAAACUCAAGAGCAUAGGCAGAUUCAUUAGCGCUCGUGAAAGCUUCUUUUCUUGAGUACAAGCUGGAGGCCUGGGGUUCAGGGAUUUUUGUCUUUUCAACCAAGCUCUACUUGCAAAAGUGGCUUGGAGGGUUCUUCAGGAUCCGACUUCUCUUUUGGAUCGUAUCUAUCACGGACGUUACUGUGGUUCUUCUUCCUCUAUUUUAGAAGCUAGUCUAGACUCCAAUUCUUCACGGGGAUGGCGUCGUGUUCUUUUUGGACGUGAUCUGCUUUCACAAGGUCUUCAUUGGCAGGUUGGCUCUGGCUUCUCCAUACGAGCUCUCUCUGAUACUUGGUUGUCAACCUCUCCUCCUUCUAUUCCUCAACCGCGGUUAGGUGCUCCUACUGCUUUUCCUUUUGUGGCUGCCUUUAUUGAUCCUGGUUCUAAAUCUUGGAAUAUUCACAUGCUGAAACUCUAUUUUGAAGAAGCUACGGUCCGAGUGAUUCAAGGGGAUCCCUCUCCCAAUUCAACGAAUUACUGACAAACUUAUCUGGCACUUUGAAGGAACAUGGAUUUUUUCUGUUAAGUCAGCUUACCUCUUGGCGAUUGAUUUGCAAAGUUCUCCUCCCUCCUCUAAACAUCAAGCGUCUUUCAUGGAUGUGGCAAUGGAUUUGGAAUAGGAAGGUUCCACCAAAACUUAUUUUCUUCUUAUGGUUAGGAUUACAUCGGAUCCUUCCAACUAGGGAGGCUUUGGUUGGGAGAGGUUUGGAUUUGAUUCCUAUUUGUCUGGUGUGCGACCGCAAGGAGGAAACAAUUGAACACCUAUUUUUCUCCUAUUUGGUGGCUCGUAAGUUUUGGACGAUACUCAGUUGGCAGGAUCUUCGGAGGAUGACGGAAAAUGUUCAUUUGUAGGGUUCAUCAGGCAUACCCUGAGUAAGACAAAUGGUCUGGAAGCUGAUUUCAUUUUUCUGCCCAAAUCGGCCAUUACUAGACUUCAUCGGUGGUGGAGAGUAACCUAAGGCCUAAUUUGUGAUCCCAUCGCCUUCAAAAUCAUCAUUAGUGUGAAAUAGUGAUGGAAUGAUCUAUAUAUAAUUGAAUGACACUCUUGGAAGUUGAGGGUCGCCUAGUAGUGAAUGAGAGAGUCUAGUUCAAAGGAUAAAUUACGCACUAGCUUAUAUUUUGAUAUUGAUCGGUAUUUUGGUAUAUCCCGAUCCCAAUCCCGUAAUCCCUAAUAACGAAUAACAAGUGAAAUUCAAUCCCAAUCCCACAAAAUAAUACGUGUAUUCGGUAAUACCAAAUAUAGACAAAUUCGGUACGGUAUUCUGUAUAUCCCAAAUACCGGUACCAAACUUCCAGCCCUAGUGAAGAGUACCCUAAGGCCAAAUAUGUGAUCCAUCGCCUUCAAAAUCCAAGGAAAUUGGCAUUUCCAAUAAAUCGCCCGAAAUCGGUGAUGGUACCCCUUUGGAAUCUGGCAAAAUUUGCCCCCGAUAUUUUUCGCUCGAAUCGGUGUUUAAUAGACUUAUUCGUCCCUAAAGAAUAGUCUCAGGCUGAAUCCGUGAUCUGCACCCUUCAAAAUCUAAGGAAAAUGGCCUUUCGAAAAUAUCGCCUAAAAAUUACGAAAAUGCCCUCCGAAAAAAUUCGACCAAAUUUCUACCCAAAUUGGCCAUUACUAGACUUCAUCGUUGGUGGAGAAUACCCUAAGGCCGAAUCAGUUAUCCAUCGCCUUCAAAAUCCAAGGAUAAUGGCCUUUCCAAUAAAUCGCCGAAAUCGGUGAUGGUACCCCUUUGGAAUAUGGGAAAAUUUGCCCCGCAAAAUUUUCAGCCCGAAUCGGUGUUUAAUAGACUUAUUCGUCCCUA